GCUUCGACGAACAGUUAAUUUUAAAUUUAUUUAAAAAAAAAUAUUUUUUCCCAUUCAGAAGUCUGAGUGGUCAUUUUGCGCGGGAGGUGAAAGGUGAAGCAAACAUGGCGGAAGCGUCUGGAGCGAUGGUCUGCAUAUUGUGACGACUUUUCAUCAACAACCGAUUAAAUGUCUGCUUAUUACAGCGAGGACUGAUGAUCGGUUACACGAAGACGCUACCAUGAAUCGGAAAAGAGACAAAGGAUUUGAGAGUCCACGGCCAUUUAAAUUGACCCACCAGGUUGUGUGCAUCAACAACAUCAACUUCCAGAGGAAAUCUGUCAUUGGUUAUGUUGAGCUGACCAUCGUCCCGACCGUAGCCAACCUGAACAGGAUUAAGUUGAACAGUAAGCAGUGUCGCAUCUAUAGGGUGCGAAUCAAUGACCUUGAAGCCUCCUUCAUUUAUAAUGACCCCACCCUGGAAGUGUGCCACAGUGAGUCCAAGCAAAGGAACCUGAAUUACUUCUCCAGUGCUUACACGGCAGCAGUGAGUGCUGUGGACCCUGAUGGAGGACACGGGGAGUUGGUCAUCAAGGUUCCUUCCGAGCUCUGGAAGCAAGGAGAUGAGUCCCAUCUUUUAAAGGUGUACAUUGAAUACUCUCUGGACCAGCCCAAAGGGGGUCUCCACUUCGUCGUCCCUGAUGUGGAAGGCAGCAUGGCGGAGAGAGGAGCUCACGUCUUCUCCUUUGGACAUCACAACUCCACCAGGUUCUGGUUCCCCUGUGUGGACUCUUACUCAGAGUUAUGCACAUGGAAGCUAGAGUUCACCAUAGAUGCUUCCAUGGUAGCGGUGUCGUGCGGCGAUCUGGUGGAGACCAUCUACACGCACGACAUGAGGAAGAAAACCUUCCAUUACGUCCUGUCCAUCCCCACUGCGGCUCCCAACAUCUCCCUGGCAGUCGGGCCCUUUGAGAUCCUUGUGGACCCCUACAUGCAUGAGGUGACCCACUUUUGCCUUCCGCAGCUGCUGCCGCUUCUCAAGCAUUCCAUGUCUUACCUUCACGAGGUGUUUGAGUUCUAUGAAGAAAUCCUGACUUGCCGCUACCCCUACUCCUGCUUUAAGACCGUCUUUGUGGAUGAGUCGUAUGUGCAAGUGUCCUCCUAUGCUUCCAUGAGCAUCUUUAGCACCAACCUCCUCCACAGUGCUAUGAUUAUAGACCAGACCCCUUUGACACGCCAAUGCCUGGCCCAGGCCUUGGCUCAACAGUUUUUUGGUGUUUUCAUCUCAAGGAUGUCAUGGGCUGAUGAGUGGGUGUUGAAGGGCAUCUCCGGCUAUAUCUUUGGCUUGUACCUGAAGAAGACCUUUGGAGUAAAUGAGUAUCGCCACUGGAUCAAAGAGGAGCUGGACAAGAUCGUGGAAUAUGAACUGAAGAUGGGAGGUGUUCUUUUACACCCAACCUUCAGCGGAGGCAAAGAAAAGGACAAUCCGACUCCCCACCUCCACUUCUCCCUCAAGCACCCGCAUACCCUGUCAUGGGAGUACUACAAGAUGUUCCAGUGCAAAGCUCACCUGGUGAUGAGGCUCAUAGAGAACAGGAUCAGCAUGGAGUUCAUGUUACAGGUUUUCAACAAGCUUUUGAGUCUGGCAAGCACGGCAUCCUCACAGAGGUACCAGAGUCACAUGUGGAGCCAGAUGCUUCUUUCUACCCACGCUUUCUUGAAAUCCAUCUCCAAUGUCUCAGGCAAAGACAUUGCCCCCCUCAUUAAACAAUGGGUAGAUCAGAGUGCCGUGGUGAAAUUCUUUGGCAGCUUCGCAUUCAACAGAAAGAGGAAUGUUCUGGAGCUGGAGAUCCGGCAAGACUACACGUCAUCGGGUACUCAGAAAUAUGUGGGUCCCAUCAAGGUGACGGUACAGGAAUUGGAUGGUUCAUUCAAUCACACUUUGCAGAUCGAAGAGAACAGCCUCAAACAUGAUAUUCCAUGUCACUCCAAGAGCCGAAGAAACAAGAAAAAGAAGAUUCCUUUAAUGAAUGGAGAGGAGGUGGACAUGGAUUUAUCAGCCAUGGAUGCAGACUCUCCUCUUCUAUGGAUACGGAUAGAUCCAGACAUGUCAAUCCUGCGCAAAGUAGAACUGGAGCAAGCCGACUUCAUGUGGCAGUACCAGCUACGAUAUGAAAGGGAUGUGGUUGCACAGGAAGAGGCCAUAUCGGCCCUGGAAAGUUUCCCAACUCCUGCCUCUAGACUGGCUCUGACUGACAUCCUUGAACAAGAACAGUGUUUCUACAAAGUCCGCAUUCAAGCCUGCUUCUGCCUGGCCACGAUCGCCAAUGCUAUGGUGAGCACGUGGCAGGGACCACCAGCCAUGAAGUCCCUGUUCACCAGAAUGUUCUGCUGCAAGAGCUGCCCCAAUAUUGUAAAGACCAACAACUUCAUCAACUUCCAAAGCUAUUUCCUGCAAAAGACGAUGCCCGUUGCCAUGGCGUUACUCCGAGACGUCCAGAAUCUUUGCCCUAGAGAUGUCCUCAACUUCAUACUGGACCUCAUCAAGUACAAUGACAACAGGAAGAACAAAUUCUCAGAUAAUUACUACCGUGCGGAACUGAUUGAAGCGCUCACCAACUCCUUGACCCCCGCCAUCAGCAUCAACAAUGACAUGCGCACGGUGGACAACUUAAAUGCUGACGUACAUCUCAUUUUGGAGGAGAUUACAAGAUUCCUCAACAUGGAAAAACUCUUGCCAAGUUACAGGAACACCAUUACUAUCAGUUGUCUUAAAGCCAUUCGUCAGCUUCAAAAGAACGGUCACAUUCCGAGUGAAGCGUCACUCUUCAGGUCUUAUGCAGAGUACGGACACUUUGUUGACGUGCGUGUUGCUGCUCUGGAGGCUCUCGUGGACUACACAAGAGUUGAACGAAGCUCAGCGGAACUGCAGUGGCUGCUCGGUCUGGUCCAGAGCGACCCGGCUCAUUAUGUCAGACAUAAGAUCCUGGCCAUGCUUUGUAAGAACCCACCCUUCACUAAGACAACAGAAUCAAGUCUAUGUGAUGAAGCUCUGGUGGACCAACUCUGGAAGCUGAUGAACUCAGGCACUGCUCAUGACUGGCGACUGCGCUGCGAUGCCGUAAACCUGUACUACACCUUGUUUGGUCUGACUCGCCCCUCCUGCCUGCCCCUCCCUGAGCUGGGCCUGGUGCUGAACCUGAAGGAGAAGAAAGCUGUACUAAACCCCACCAUCAAGCCUGAAUUGAGCGUUGGUGCGGUCAUUGACACGGCUGCCAGUAUAGGAAUCCAUGGCGUUGGCAUCAGUUACCCACCUGAGGAUGAAGAACCGGAUCCUAUUUCACUGGGGGUGUGUGGGGUAGGUCAGCCACCUCAGGGCAUCAAGAGAAAAGCUGACACCCAGCUGGGCUCCCCUCCAGAACCAGGACCGGCGCUGCAGCAUCAGGAUGACGACAACAGAGUGGGGCGCUACAAAAUCAGGUUCAACAUGGAAGACGAAGUCAUCGACAUGGAGACAGUCCAUGACAGCCAGGCCUUCAUUCACCACCACCUCCAUCUUUUGGAGAGACCUUCCACACCAGGGAAAGAGCCAGCCUUAGUGGAACACUCCAUGCUCUCUGCGCCAGCCACGUCUCUACCACCCUUCCCCAAAGACCCUUCCUCGUCCUUGCCCCAGAAACACAGGAGCGAGCACAGCCACCACCACCACGAGCACAAGAAGAAGAAGAAGAAGAAGCACAAGCACAAACACAAACACAAGCACGACAGCAAGGAACGAGAGCGCGGGAACUCGCAUCCGUACAGCAAUAGUCCAGCCAGUGGCAAGUCCCUGCAGUCUCCAUCUCUGUCGGAAUAAACGCCGUUCCUCAGAUAAGCAAACACAUCCAUCCACAGUACAUAAUAUCAAUGCAAGUAUUGGAUCUCUGAUAAUCAUGUAAGUUCAUAUGAUCAUUUUAUUACAAUCAAGUUGAUCAUUGGAGUUGAAAAGUCUUGUUUACAAGCAUUGUGAGGUCAGACUUGAGUCCCUGAGCGCAGGUCUUUGGUCUUUCCCAUGUCAUAAGUUGAGACGAGGAGUACAGUCGUCCCUCGCUACAUCGCAACCUCACUUUCUUGUCAACAAUUAAUAAAUGAUUACAGUUUCACGGUUGAAUAUAAUCUAUUAGUAAAAAAAAAAAAAAGAUUUUUAAGCGAAUUUUACUUAUUUUUAGUCGAAAUGAAGCAUCUUCACAGCGUGAAGCGUUGAGUGGUUAGCGCUCAGGCCACGCAGCGAGGAGACUGUAGUUCGAUUCCACUCUCUGUGUGGAGUUUGCAUGUUCUCCCCGUGUAUAUUUUAAUUAAAUUGGAUAAUGUGAAGUAUCUGAUUAAUGAUGCUAGUGGGGAGCUAUAAAUAUAGUUAGACUGUUGUAUUCUCCUGUUACAAUAUGAUGAAUAUUUAUAUGAAAUAUGCCACGAUUCAGGGCUGCACGGCGGUCAAGUGGUUAGCGUGCAGACCUCACAGCUAGGAGACCAGGGUUCAAUUCCACCCUCGGCCAUCUCUGUGUGGAGUUUGUAUGUUUUGUCCGGGUACUCUGGAGAAAACUCCCGCAUUCCAAAAACAUGCUAGAUUUAUUAGCCACUCCAAAUUGUCCAUAGGUAUGAAUGUGAGUGUGAAUGGUUGUUUGUCUAUAUGUGCCCUGUGAUUGGCUGGCGACCAAUGGGUCGGGUAAUACCACGUAUUCAGCGGGAGACAAGGGGUUACAUUACUGGAUGAUACUGUUUUGCUAGCAAAUGAUAAAAAAAAGAAAAAAGAUAAUGUAUAUUUUUAUUAAAUUGGAAUAAUAUGAUUAAAUUUUGGGGAGUU